AUGUUGUGUAAUCCUAUUCUUUUUCACAAGCAUACAACCGUUCACUUUGAACGAACAGAUUCGAAUGCCAAUAGAUGCAUUAUUCAAUUCUAUAAGAUGUCUAGUGUUGAUGAUAUUUUUAAAAGCAACAGUUUUAAAGGUCAAAAGCGAGGUUUGAGUGACGAUUCCCAUCAGAAACCAUCUAAACGACCUACAUUAUUACAUGGAAAUGAAAAUGAAAAUGAUGAGGACUAUACCAGUACUGUUGACAAGUAUGCUUUACUAAACCCUAAGGAACGCGAGAUUCAAGAAUAUAUUGACAGCCACGAAAAUGAUUUCCACGGUCCUGAGGUGUAUGAUAAAAAGUUUUUAACAAAACUUCUUGUGCAGCUUGAAAAGGCCUUAAAUGAGAAUACACAACAAAGACUAGAUCAUUUAAAUGAGCCCGAAAAAUUUUUUGAAUCCGAAAAUAAAUUGUAUAAUUCAAUUCGUCAACUCUCCAUCAUUAGUGAAACAGAUUUGUACGAUGAACUUGAAAAGUCAGGGAGUCUCGAUACCAUUGUGUCUCUUAUCACACAUGAAAAUAUCUCGGUUGGUACACAGACUCUUCAAAUUUUAGAGGAGCUUUUUGAGCCCGAAAAUGAGUGCGGUGUUGAUGCUAUGAAUAAAUUGGCAACUGCUUUAUUGAAGGAGGGCUUAACCAGUCAAAUUACCCAAUUUCUGAACAUGACGGAAAAAGAACAAUAUGAAGGAUUUUCUAACCUUUUGAACCUUGUUUCUAAUAUCACCAAAAACGAUGCAAACAUUGGUAUUCGAAUUUUAAAGAAAACUAAACUACUUCAGUGGUCAGUUGAACGUUUUGCACCAAAAGGGGAUGGCAAAAGUAAAGAGGAUAGCAUUCCAAACUCCAUCAUUUACCACUUUGCAGAAACCCUUUCUGAACUGUUUAUUUUAGUUCCUAAAACAAUCGCAGUUUUUGAUAAAAAUGGUGUUGAAAUGCUUUUGCUGCAACUUGCCACUCUGAGGCAAAUUGAUUCACUUCACAGCGAAGAACGAGAUUUUUUUCGGGAUGUUUUUGAUAUUCUGGUAUCCGCUGUACGUUAUCCUUGGGUCAAUGAAGCAUUCCAAGAGAAUGAAGGGAUAGAGUUAAUGAUGAUGCUUUUACAAAUUAAAAGAGGCGCAAACAACAAGUCUGAUACAGAGGAUGAGGGUGAUGGAAAUGGGUGGAUUAAAGCAAAUGUUUUAAAAGUUUUGGCUGAAAGCACAAAAGGGUUUGCAUCUACUGGGAGUCAGACUUGUUUGUCGAUAGUUGAAAAUGGUGGUUUAAAGAUUUUAUUUUCGCUGCUACGAAAGAAUAAAAGAAAACCAUUUGUAUGGGAAAUUUUGACUAUCUUUGCUAGUAUGCUUGAAUGGUUAGAGCUUGGAUCUAAAGAACGAGAUAGGUUCACUGCAAAGUUUGCCGAAAAGUCAUAUGAGAUCGUCAUACUAACUACUAAGUAUUUUCAUAAAACUCAGUUGUCCAAAAAAAUCACCGCAAAUGAAGAGGAAAAUGAGGAUGAGAUUAAUGAGAACUUAAAACAAUCUUCGCGGCAACAUACAUUAUGCGUUAUAUUGGCUUGGUUGAUUAUAGAGUUCGACGAGUUUAAAAACGUCAUUGUAAAGGAAGUUUCUCUUUCUGAGAUUAGGAACAGUUUACUGGAAUAUUUAGAAGAAGUUGAUUUUUCUAGCGAGCAAGAAAACAAGGAAGAUGCAUCAGAAAAAAAUUCUUUUGAUAAGCUGGUGAUAGAGAGUGAUAAAGUCACCAGUGAUAUGUUAAGAGUUCUCAUUUCACAUAUAGAAUAA